AUGACAAGGUUUAACAAAGAGAGGUUUCAAAUACCCGACCUUCACAUCACAGCAGUUAUUUUCGCCCUCACUUAUGCUGUAAGAUGUGAAGCUUUCAAGAUGUCUUUAUCAAAGACCCCGUCGCAGACAGUGACCGAGCUCCUCACCCGAGCUGAAAAAUACAUUAAUAUGGAGGAAACACUAAAUCCAAGGAGACCUAGUCCUUCCCAUGAAAAGGUCGAGAACAAGAGGCAACAUGAUCCCGUCCCCAGGCAUGAGCUUCCUCGAGAUAAGCGCAGGAAAGAGGCGCCGUCAGCACCUGUCACUCAAUUGAACACCUCUAAGACAAACAUCUUGAUGGAAAUUAAGGAUAUGAAAGAAUUAAAGUGGCUUUCAAGAAUAAAGUCGCUUCUUGACACAAGAGAUAGGAGCAAGUAUUGUGAAUUUCACCUGGAUCAUGGGCAUACCACAGAGGAUUAUCAUGCUUUACAGCAAGAAAUUGAAGUUCUUACGUCUGGAGGAGACACAACUAGUGGGCGAAAGCAUUAUGCCUGCCAACAUGCUCAUACCCCAAGAAAAUCCCUUAAUGAAGUCAAAGGCAUCACUUUUGGAGCAAGAGAUUUGGAAGGAUUAUCAUAUCCUCAUGACGAUGCCUUGGUCGUCUCUGUUGUUGUGGCUAACUUCGAAGUAAAAAGGAUUUUGGUUGAUAAUGGGAGUGCAGCAAAUAUACUCUCGCAGGAGGCUUCCGCCAAAAUGGGGAUCUCUCCCAAACAGCUCAAAGCAGUAAAAACUUCUCUACAGGGAUUUGGUGGGGGAGUCAUUAUCCCUGAGGGCAUCGUCGAGCUCCCGCUUACAUUAGGAUCUAGUAUUACACAAGUGACGGAGAUCACACCAUUCCAAAUGAUUAAUACCCCAAUGGCCUACAACAUCAUUCUGGGAAGACCUCUAUUAAACAAGAUCCAGGCUAUUGUAUCAACUUUCCGCCUGGCCAUGAAGUUCCCCACAGGUCAUGGCAUUGGAGUAGUUCGAGGAGACCAAACAGCUGCCAGACAGUGCUAUGUUACUAGCAUCCGAAGAACGAGUACAGACGUCAUGCAACUUUUAGACCUCGAGCUCAAGCCAAGGGGUAGAUUGGCCCUCGUUGAGGAAUUGGAAGUGGUCGAGCUCGAGCAUGGAAAAGUGGUAACUAUUGGUUGA